AUGGCCAGUACACGUAACGUGACUGAGUUGAUUUUCACUGGCCUUUUCCAGGAUCCAGCGGUGCAGAGAGUGUGCUUUGUGGUGUUCCUCCUCGUAUACUUGGCCAUGGUGGUGGGCAAUGGCCUCAUCAUUCUGACAGUCAACAUCAGUAAGAGUCUGCAUUCCCCCAUGUACUUCUUCCUUAGCUACCUGUCCUUGGUGGAGAUCAGUUACUCCUCUACUGUCGCCCCUAAAUUCAUCACAGACUUACUUGCCAAGAUUAAAAUCUCCCUGGAAGGCUGUCUGGCUCAGAUAUUCUUCUUCCACUUCUUUGGGGUUGCUGAGAUCCUUUUGCUUGUGGUGAUGGCCUAUGAUCGCUAUGUGGCCAUCUGCAAGCCUCUUCAUUAUAUGAACAUUAUGAGUCGUCAACUGUGUCACCUUCUGGUGGCUGGUUCCUGGCUGGGGGGCUUUUGUCAUUCCAUAAUUCAGAUUCUUGUCAUCAUCCAACUGCCCUUCUGUGGUCCCAACGUGAUUGAUCAUUAUUUCUGUGACCUCCAGCCUUUAUUCAAGCUUGUCUGCACUGACACCUUCAUGGAGGGGGUUAUUGUGUUGGCCAACAGUGGAUUAGUCUCUGUCUUCUCCUUCCUCAUCUUGGUGUCUUCUUACAUUGUCAUCCUGGCCAACUUGAGGAACCAUUCUGCAGAGGGGAGGCACAAAGCCCUCUCCACCUGUGCUUCUCACAUCACAGUGGUCAUCUUAUUUUUUGGACCUGCCAUCUUCCUCUACACACGACCAUCUUGCACUUUCACUGAAGAUAAACUUGUGGCUGUAUUCUACACGGUCAUCACCCCCAUGCUGAACCCCAUCAUUUACACACUCAGGAAUGUGGAGGUGAAAACCACUAUAUGGAGAUUGUGGUGCAAAAAGGAGAACCCAGGGAGGGAGUGA